CCGGUUGUAAACCUAGCUGAACUUUAACAUUUGAACAUUCCAUAAAAGAAAAAGAAAAAAAGCAUAUAAGAAUUGCCCGAGUAACUAUAAAGGAGAAUCAUAGGGCGAUAGAACGAGUGACCUGAGAGAGAAUAUGAAUAUUUUAUUGCGUAUUUUAAUGAAGCGUCGUUCAUUAUCUGCGACGAAUCUGCAGUGCUGAAAUCGUUGCCGCCCCGCCCCCACGUGUUCCUCCUGCAAAAUCAAGGAGAUCGGAGUGGAGCUGUUGCGGGGGAGGAGGUGACUGAUUUAUAAAUUCCAGAAGAUAUGGCGGCUCAGAUCUCAGAAUCAGAUCAAAUAAAACAGUUUAAAGAAUUUCUUGGGACUUACAAUAAGCUGACAGAGAACUGCUUCCUGGAUUGUGUGAAAGACUUUACUACACGAGAGGUUAAGCCUGAAGAGAUUUCGUGCUCAGAGCACUGUCUACAGAAGUACCUAAAAAUGACACAAAGAAUAUCCAUGAGAUUUCAGGAGUACCACAUACAGCAGAAUGAGGCUUUGGCUGCUAAAGCAGGACUUCUGGGCCAGCCUCGAUAAGAGCCGAGUGCAGACCACUGUUCAAGGUCCUACCAGUCCAGCCAAAAUAUGCUGCGCUGUCCAGAAGAGGACGCUCCGGAGAGACAAAUGUGCCGGUCUACUCCCAGCAGAGCCCAGGACUUGAGCAUUGAUGGUGCUGAAGAAUGACCGACAUCAGAAGAGACUGUAGAGGCAUUUGUAGACUGUGCUCCCUAACAAGUGUCUACCAUUAGACAUUCUGAAUACUAUCCUUAUUUCAAGCUGACUUGUUUGGAAGAUGUUAUGUGAAGACCAUGGCUCCUUAUGCUAUGAGUGGAAGUCAUAAUAUUCUAGUGAAAUAAACAUGAGAAUGCAUUGGAACAUAUCCCUGUAUUUUUAUUGUGAAGGGUUUAUUAGAUAAGGUUCUUUUAUUUAAAAAUCCAACAAUGAUAAAUGACGUUCCCUUCAAUCAUUUUCAGUCUCCUUUUUUUUCUAUCCUUAAAGAAAAGGAAUUCAGGUCUUCCUACUUAAAACUUUUGGGAGAGGAAAAACAAUGACUCAUAACCCAUCCCCUGCAUUAAAGGGGUAUUCCGGGCAAAAACAUUUUAUCCCCUAUACAAAGGAUAGAGGAUAAGAUGUCUGAUCGCGGGGGGCCCUCUGCUGAGACCCCCCGCGAUCUCCACUUCCGGACGAUGGGGAACGGAGCUCCGGAAGCAGGGCAGCAGAGUACCCCUUUAUGGACGCAGUCUAUUUUUUUUGCAACUCUGACCACUGUCACUUUUUAAGCAUUAAUAACUCUGGGAUGCUUUAACUUAUGAAUUUGAUUCUGAGUGUUUCUUCCUGACAUUCUACUUUAUGUUAGUGGUAAAUUUUUGUCAAUACUUUUCUGCUACAUUUC